GCGGGGCAGCCGGUACCGGUGCGCGGCCAAGCCCGGGGGCCGGAGCGGUGCCCCGAGACUCCAGCUCCCGGCGAGCGGUGCGGGGGCGAGCGGCCCCGCCCUUCCGGCGGCCAGCGCUGCCGCCGCGCUGCUUCGGCAGCCGGGAAGGGGUAGGAAGGCUCCGGUAGUGCCGGCCAGCAGCCGCUGCCUGUGCGGCGCUCCGGCGGCGGGAGCCAGAGGAGCAGGGCAGCGGGGAAGCUGCUGCCGGCAGGUUCGUCCGGUCAGACUGCUGGGAGCAAGGAGAGUGUCGAGGGCCUGCACCGCUCGCAGAAGAGGCAGGACAGGCUCGGGAGUUUAUUUCCACUCAGGGCAUAGCAAAUUAGAUGCUGGGCAGCUGUGGCGCCCGUUAUUGCAGUGCUCGUGCUAGCUGCAUGAGCGGUAAGUUAAAGCUGCACAGCCUGGCUGCUGGGAGCCUCCACCUGAACGCGCUCCAUGCCUGCACUUACAGGAGGCGGCAGGGCCCUGGAGAGCGGCUUCGGCGUGUGCUGUGUCAGCCCCGGGAGGCAGCUGAGCCCCACACAGCUCCUCCCGCCCUCCCCACCCCGCAGUGGGAUGGCCAAGGCAAAAGUGAGAACUCGUGGGUUGAUAAACAGAGUUUGUGACGCAAAGCUCCGUGCACAGCAAAGCGAAUCAAGGAACUGAUUCACUGCUUCCCAUCAGCAGAUGAUACCUUAGGAGGAAAAUUAAAUGGAGGACUGAACAGCGCUUCACUCAGCUGUCUGCUUUAAAAGAUGCGGCAGCAUAAAGUGCAAGGACAAAGAUAUUUGCAUCUACCUUUAGAUAAAUUCAGAAUGGUAUGUGGAGGGAAAAAGUCUUACUUUGCAGCUGCUGUAGGCCUCAUUACCCUAACUUCGAUGGUCACGCUUUCCUACCUUAGGUUACAGAGACUCCCUCACUUGCCAAAAAUAAUUCAAGAAAGUGGCAGAUGCAAAGGGAAAAUUGCCAACAGCACCAUAACACCAUUAAGAGAUAACAGAACUUUCAUUAUAUCCCCUUAUUUCGAUGACAGAGAAAGAAAACUCACUCGUGUGAUUGGGAUUGUUCACCACGAGGAUGUAAAAGAACUGUACUGCUGGUUCUGCUGCCGUCCCAAUGGGAAGAUCUACGUGUCCAGAGCAGAUAUUGAUGUUCACACAGACAGGUUUGAAUUCCCUUAUGGUGCAGCAGAUAUCAUUUGCUUGGAACCCGAAAACUGUGAUCCGACACAUGUCUCCAUUCACCAGUCCCCACGUGGGGAUAUUGACCAGCUGCCAAGGUUUGAAAUUAAAAACCGGAAGGCUGAGCCCUUCCCUGUGGACUUCACUGUGUGCAUCUCCACCAUGUUUGGAAACUACAACAAUGUCUUGCAGUUCAUCCAGAGCAUGGAAAUGUACAGGAUUCUUGGGGCACAGAAGGUGAUGAUCUAUAAGAACAACUGCAGCCACCUGAUGGAGAAAGUCUUGAAGUUUUAUAUGGAAGAGGGAAUUGUUGAGGUAAUUCCUUGGCCAAUAGACUCACACCUCAAGGUGUCUACCAGCUGGCACUUCCUGCAAGAUGGAACUCACAUUGGCUACUAUGGACAAAUCACAGCUCUGAAUGACUGUGUGUACCGUAACAUGUGGAGGAGCAAGUUUGUUCUUCUUAAUGAUGCUGACGAAAUAAUUCUUCCCCUUAAGCACCCAGACUGGAAAACAAUGAUGCAAAGCCUUCAGCAGCAAAACCCAGGGGCUGGUGUUUUCCUCUUUGAGAACCACAUCUUCCCCAAAACUGUGUCUACUCCUGUGUUCAACAUUUCAUCCUGGAAUGCUGUGCCAGGAGUGAACAUACUGCAGCACAUUCACAGAGAGCCUGACAGGAAGGAUGUAAUCAAUCCCAAGAAAAUAAUAGUUGAUCCACGAAAAGUGAUUCAGACUUCAGUCCACUCUGUCCUACAUGCUUAUGCCGACAGUGUGGACGUUCCUAUGGAUUUUGCCCUCGUUUAUCACUGUCGGGUACCCCUUCAAACAGACCUUCCCAGAGACUCCCUCAUCAGGGAUACAACAGUGUGGGUAUACAACUCCUCAUUAAUCAUGAAUGUUAACAAGGUGCUACAUCAAACUGUGCUGUAAUCUCAAGGGGAGGGAAGGUGGAGAGCCAGUGUAAGCAGAGGAUGUCGUUUGGAGGUCACAGUAAAAUCUCAUCCACAUGAAGUUUACAUCUUGCAGCGAUUUAAACUCCUUUUAUGUGCAGUACAAAUGUGAACGCAUUCGAUUGAGGACUGAGACAUGGGACCUUGUAAGAGGCCACAGUGAUCAAGCGAUGGUUAACACAGUUCCUCAGGUAAAGUCUCUGUUGCACCUUCCCAAGAUGUGAAGGCUGAGGCAUAGUGAGAAGAUAGCUAUGUCUCUAAGUAUGAAAGGGCAUUAUUUACAGGCCUAAAAGUAACCAUGCAGAGAUUAGAAACUUAAUCUACUGAUUUCCAGCUUUCUCUCUCUCUUUUCCCAUCUUCAUGAGCAUGGGCGGAUCUUUUUGCUAGUGCAAUGAACCUGUGUAUUGCCAGAAGAAAGAGUGAAGUGAUUUUUGGUUAUCUGUAUCGUGGUGGACAAAACAAAAUCCAACUUUGCUUUAUGGUGCCUGUUGAAAGAUGGCUUGGGACAGCUUCUCCCAGAUGAAGAGCUACGUUGGCAUUAACACUGUAACUCCUAAUCACGGAGGCAGGGUAAGGAAAUGCUCCAGAACUGGAAUUGCUUAAGGGAAGUGGGAAUCUGUAGCAGAUCCAUGAGUCAUUUAAUGAUAGCAAGGAUCAAUGCAGAUGGCAUUACUUCUGGAAAAUGUAAAAAUUAGUUUGAUUUCAAUUAAAAAUACUAUUUCUCAACUGAUUCCAAUAAUGCAAAGGGCUGUCUAUAGUUUCGAAUUUAUGUACACAAGAUAGAACUGUAGUCACUGAAGUUAACGAUGCUUAAUUCUUGCAGUGAGACAACAAAAGUUCUGAGAGAUCAUCAUUUGUGCUCCAGUCAGUGUGGGUCAAGAGCUCUGAAGCUGGCUUUUAACUGGUUAAAAUCCUUGACUACAAACAUUUUCAGAGUAAGUUUGUAUGGAUAAAAGUGGAAAAUUUGAGUGGUUCAGACUCUAGCCUUGUGUUCUGCUGCUCCAUUGUGACUGCAAGCAGGCCCUACCACAUCACUCAAAUACUUUAUAGGAAAACUCCUCCCUCUCCACCCCUUGGUGUAAUUUGUACUGCAUGUAUCUGGGAACUGUGGCCUUUGUUCAGUGCUAAAUAGGAAAUUAGGCCUCCUUGGAUAAUGGGAAAAAAAACCCGUUAACAGUAGUAGUGUCUGAGCAGUUGUAUCUAUUGAAGGACGUGAACCAAUCUUCAUGAAAAGAGUUUUCAAGUUGUGGAGGAAAAAAUUAAAAGACAUUAAGGGGAGAUUUUAUUGUAAGGGAGGAGGGAAACCAACCUAAAGCGUUUCUAAAGCAUGUGAUGUCAUAGAUACAGCUUUUAAGUACAUGUCAAAUACCACAAAAAUUCUGUGGGUAGGAUUUGGCUACUGAAUAGUUAAUUCCUGUGUACACCAGGUCUCCUGUGACAAAGUACAAGACCUUUUUAUACUCCUACACUUUUCCUCAGCCUUCAAUUUAUUUUUUCCCCAAAGACAGUGGCAUUCUCACUGUUAUUUGCCCUUGCUUCCCAAAUCUAGGUGUAGCAACUACUUCAAGUGCAUGACUAUUAACUGCAACUUCUGGGAAAAGUGAAUGGCUGCUAGACAUCAUUUAAUGUAAGAGAGUGGCUCUUGCCAUAGAGCUUGAACAUCAUCUUCCCCUUUGUACCUACCUGCUUACCAAGUUAUACCCUCACACAAACUACAGGAAAUGUGGUGUACUGGAUAAUGACUGAGCCAUUCCCAGUUACCAUCAGCACAUAUGAUGAAUACUGUCAUGUUCUCUUAAGGUUAAUUUCAUCUGAUGGAGCUUUCAAUCACAAAGUUGGUUCAUUCUCACUGAGGAGAGUUCACAUUGGCAUGUUCCCAAACUUAAAUUGUUACUGGAUUCUAGAUUCAAGGAUGCAUUUGAUUCUUCUAUUUAUUUCAAAGUAUUUGAAGCUAUCAUAAGGGGAAAAAAACAUUUUGAAGAGAAUCAUAGUGGAAAGAGAAAGGUUUUGUCACCUUCUCACUGGAGUUAAGCAGCCAUGCACUGUAACCAGUAGUUGCUGUUACAUGUACAAAAGCCUACGGUGCUAGAAUAGCUUCACCUUCUGUUUGAUCAACAAAAAUAGGUCAGAAGUCAGGUCAAGCACUACUUCUUCAUUUCAGACUUGAUGGUGAAUAGUGGUUUAAAAGUUACAAGCUGUGCUUCAGAGCCCAAACAGGUAUGCUUAAAGAUGAGUACAGACAGAAGUUUGUGGUGAAUACUGUUAGCAUGCUGUAUUGCAUUAUGUCCAAAACAACCCAUUCCCAAAUGCCCAAAUAAAAGUAAAUGAUUGUGCAUUGCAUGAUGAUACCA